CCGGCAGCAUGGCGUCCGGGGUGAACCUCUUCCACCUGCCCUCGGAGCCCGUCGCUGAAGUCAAGUUCUCGCCGUCCGCUGGAGACGGGUCGGAAGACGAGGACUACUCGGCGAGCUUGAGCGCAGUGUUGCGUCAGCGACGUGCGAGUGUCAGGCGAUCGCGUAAAGGUCGCGCGCGCCGUCCCUCCUCGCCUUUCCUGCCAGACGAGACCCGGACGCGACGACGCUCUUCUGUCUUCACCACGAGCUCCGGAGAUACUGCAAUAUCGAUGGAGGAAGGCCAGCCAGCGAUCGUUACACAAGAACAAAUCUUCGAGAACAUUCACCUGCACAAGGAGGUGCUGGGUUCAGUCAAGCAGCAACCGCUCGGCAUGAGAAGAAAACUCAAGUUGGUUCACCAGGCUAAAGCUUAUAUCAAGCGGCACGAAGGACAACUGCAAGAACGACUGGCUCAAUCAAAGAGUACUAGAGAUAUUUACGCUAGAUUCAACAUUUUGUUGGCCACGAAAUGGCAGCAACUGAAACGCGAGGCGGCCAACACUUCGAACCUGCUGAUCCCCUGGGAGCUACGGAUCAAGGAGAUUGAGUCCCACUUUGGUUCUGUGGUCGCGUCCUACUUCACGUUUCUGAGGUGGUUGUUUUGGGUCAACCUGGUCAUCGCGUUUAUACUCCUCGUUUUCGUCAUUGUACCUGAGUACCUGACAGCGAAUCCUCAACAAGACGGCGAAAGGAAGAUAAUAAUGGAAGACGAGCUCCGGAACGCUUCGAACCUGCUAACCCUGUGGGAAUUCGAGGGUAUUCUGAAGUUCUCCCCAAUCUUCUAUGGGUAUUACAGUAACCUGGAACGCCCGGAGUACCGCAUGCCUCUUGCUUACUUCCUGACCGGGCUGGUCGUCUACAUAUAUAGCUUCGUCGCCAUAUUGAGAAAAAUGGCAGAAAACUCUCGCAUGUCGAAGCUGUCGGAGAAGGAAGACGAGUGCAUAUUCUCGUGGAAGCUGUUCACUGGAUGGGACUUCAUGAUCGGCAACGCGGAGACGGCUCACAACCGCAUCGCGUCCGUCAUCCUCGGCUUCAAGGAGGCCUUGCUUGAGGAGGCCGAGAAGAAGAAGGAUGUUAGGAAUUGGCGCAUCAUAUCCCUUCGAGCGCUAGUCAACAUCUGCGUGGUGAUUCUUCUAGCAGUGUCAGCGUACGCUGUCGUGACAGUCGUGUCUCGCUCGCACGACACUAGCAAAGCCCGCAGUUGGUGGCGAGAGAACGAGACGACUACAGUCGUCACCGUCAUAUCGAUCACCUUUCCAGUAUUCUUCGAGCUGCUUGGCUUUCUCGAACACUACCACCCGAGAAAACAGCUUCGUUUGCAAUUAGCGAGGAUAAUGUUACUGAACUUAUUGAAUUUGUACUCUCUAAUAUUUGCGCUGUUCAGUAAAAUUGAAGGCAUGAGUAAAGACUUGGACGCAUUGAAACCUACUCUCAGUAUGAAUGCAACAACUUUUCCAAAUAGCACCUUAAACAUAAGCGAAUCUUUAGCUCUCAACGUGCCUAUGGCAUGUUUUGAAGUCAGUAUAUCUUGUGCGCCUUGCAACCUACCUCUCAUGCUAUCUACCAACAUCACAUCCACUACCAUAGACCAAACCGAGAGAACUACAACAUUUCUACCCCCGCACAACUACAAGAACAAUGUCAAGCAUACAAUAAUUCCAAAGAAAAUACUCAAAAACCGCAUGUUUUCUAGCACAUCUGAAAAUCCAAAGAAAUUUCUACCUCAAAACUUGAUAGAAAAGUAUGAAAAUGUUGAAACUACUACGGAAGAUAUUAUUUCGCUCAAUAAAAAGCAGCUCGAUUUACUUAAAGCUAAAUAUUUCACUGCAACUACCUUUGAAGAGAGUAGUUCGGAAGAAGAUGACGAUUCAUACACUUUUGACUAUGAAACUUCCGAAACAAAUGAUAUAUAUGAAACGAGUUCAAGCUCAGAAAUUUCAGUGCCAUAUUCAGUUACUCAAAUAGAUAAUUUUAGCUCAACUAGCCCUACUUACGGAUACACAGACAAUAGUAAAAGAGCUGCCCCCAAAAGUGAUAGUACUGAAACAACUGAUAGUACAGAAACCGAUACAGAAACCACAGAUACAAUAUAUUACACUCCAUCUACAUAUCAAUUUGAUUUGACAGGCUCUAGUUAUACGACAAAUACAGAGUUUUCAACAGAUGUAACAACAGUUUCUAUUAAAGAAGUGGAUACUGCAUACACUAAUGGUGAGACGAAAUCUACUGCCAAAGUAGACCUGGAUACAGAAACUACAUACAUGUCUACAGAAACAGACUCGUCUACAUUUACAAAUACUGAUAUGACGCCAGAUCUAUCUACCAUAGCCACCCUAGAUGCAGUAACAAUUUGUCCAGACAUUUCUUUCAACUGUUCUGUGAACUGUGGAGGUAGAAAUGUUACUCAAGUAUUCGUAGUAUCUAAUUGUACAUUGGUCGAAAAGCGGUGUUAUACCACUGAAUGUAAAGUAAUACAUUUUAAAAUGAACACGACUAUGGUUGAUGUCGUGUAUGAGGAUGAACAUAAAAGGAGAAUGUACAAUUUAACGAUAGGUACGAAAAAGAAACUGCUCAAAUUGUGCUGGGAAACGAUGUUUGGACAAGAAUUAGUGAAACUAACUAUGAUGGACUUGGUCUUCGUUCUACUAGGCACAUUAUUUAUGGACUUUUUCCGUGCUCUAUUUGUACGCUACAUGAAUCGUUGUUGGUGUUGGGACCUAGAGAAAAAGUUCCCAGAAUACGGAGAUUUCAAAAUAGCAGAAAACAUCCUGCAUCUGAUCAACAACCAAGGAAUGGUGUGGAUGGGAAUGUUCUUCUCUCCUGGACUUGUUGUUUUGAAUGUUUCGAAGCUGAUGAUUAUGAUGUACCUCAGAUCAUGGGCCGUGAUGACCUGCAAUGUACCCCACGAGGUUGUUUUUAGAGUUUCGAAAAGUAAUAAUUUCUACUUGGCACUUCUUCUUACGAUGUUGUUCCUGUGCGUGUUACCGGUUGGUUAUACUAUCGUCUGGGUGAAACCUUCCUGGCACUGCGGUCCGUUCUCAGAAUACGAUAAGAUCUACUACAUUCUGACGAGUAAUAUCUACAAGAUUCUUCCAAAGAGUCUUAACUUUGCGCUAGAGUACAUAGCAUCACCAGCCAUCGUGAUUCCACUGCUGGUUCUACUCAUACUUAUCAUUUACUAUUUGACAUCACUGACGAACUCUCUGAGAGAAGCUAAUAACGAUUUGAAGAUACAACUCAGACGUGAGCGUACAGAGGAGCGACGCAAGAUGUUCCAACUGGCUGACACUAGGCGUCGCGCGGGAUCUUCGGCGCUGGACAAUACUCCCUUCGCUCGGUGGAAGAAGGCCCUACCAGCUUUACCACUCAGCAAGUCCAUAGAUUCUGACGACAGGAAAACUGUCACUGGGGAUGAGGGUAACGAGCCUUUGAAAGCUAUCAAGAAGAGGGGAGGUGGCAUAUUUGCAAAAAUUGUGGGCUUGGCUCUCGACAAGAAAUCAGAAGAACCUACUUCUGAGGAAGUUCCGCCAUCUCCCAACACCGGUGAUGAUGAAACAGAUACCGAUUUCCACGAGACUCUUCCCAAAGAAGUCCUUAAGAUCAAAGACAUAACGAUAUCAAAACCACUUGAUCAGAAAAAGAAGAACAACGUUGAAUUUAAAACUGAAACAGAAGAUACUAAACAUAAAGACAAUCUUAAAGUUAAGGUUGAUAAAGAAGAGCGAUCGGAAAAAAGGCCAGCAAGACACGAAGAGAAGAGAGUAGCUGAAGUAAUUGACGAAGCGAAACCCAAACCAGAAGACAAACAGCUACAAAGAAAGCAAACAUCGGAAUCUAACACGUCGAAACAAUCAGAUUCAUUCGGUUCUGUCAUUCCAGUUAUAACUAUAAGUACAACGGAAAGCGACGAUGAAGUUCUACAAUCUAAGAAAGGAAAAGAUGUGAAGGAAAAGAAGAAAGAUGUAAAAGAUAAAGAAAAGGAUACCAAAGAUAAACAUAGUGAUAUAAAAGGUAAAAACGAGAGUAAGAGUAAGAAAGGUAAGAGUAGUGGAGAUUUAAAAGCGCUUAGACGGCAGAGCAGCGUAGAUAGCUCAAACGAGCCAAAGAUGCCGAAGGAAAAGAAAGGAGAAGAAGGUCAUAAGUAUCAAUACUCAUUGUAAUUAGUAGUAGUGAUGGUUGAAUAAAGUUGAUGAAUCAAAAUAAUCAAAA